CGUCUGCGUAUAUGAUUUAAAAGGUAUUGAAUCUAAAAUUUUGAGAUUUUUACUUUUUACAUUUUGUUUCCUAAAACUAACAUUUAUGUUAGUCAUACUUUCUAACUGAGAAUCUAAUAUCUCAUCGGUCUAGACCCGUCCACGCAUCUGCAUAUACGAUAAGGCGCUAUGCUCUUGUCCACCAUAAAAAGUGAGAAGUUUAUCAGCAAAUCUCCAAAACCUGUAAAAAGAUAUUAAGGUUUCAGAGUAAAAACAAAAACCCUGACCAAAAAAAAAAAAAAAAGUAAAAAAAAAAAGGAAAAAACGAGACAGUGAGCGGAACUGAAAACAGCCAUGGAGCAGCUUAAGGUGAAAAAGACAAUCGGUAACACUUCAAAACGUGUUACAAGGUCCCAAACUUACCCCUUCGAAGGAAUAAUGCCUCUGAAUCUGAAAGAGGAGAUUCUCAUGAAAUUGAAGGCCAAAACCAUAUCGAAGCUGAUCCUCCUUUCGAAGUCAUGGUCAUCGAUAGUCCUUAACAAAGAUUUCACCAACAUGUACCUGACUCAAUCCUUGGCUCGACCACGUCUUCUUUUCUCAAUCUACAAUCUUGACAUAGAUGUGCAUUUCUUCCACUCUUGCUCUCAAGAGGAUCCAUCUUCUGAUCAUCAAAGGGUUAGGUGUUACCCUGAUUCGAAUUCGGCUAGCUGGUAUGACUAUUCUCCACCUGUCCGUGGCUUGAUCUGCUGUCUAGAAAAUCUAUAUACUAAAGUGGUAAUUGGAAAUCCUACUACUUGUCAAUUUGUAACUUUACCUAGAGUCAGAACUAAGAAGAAAGACAUAUUCCCAGACAUAUUCCCCUUUUUGGGAUAUGAUCCUGUUAAGGAUGAAUACAAAGUCUUGUGCAUGACGAUAGCAGCCAAUCAUAAAGGAAAUGUUGUGUCCAAGGAACAUCAAGUUUUCACUCUAGGAGGUAAAAAGAAGAAAUGGAGAAUGAUCGAUUGUGAGAUUAAUCAUUAUCUUCCUCCUAGAACUAAAGGGAUAUGUAGCAAUGGGGUUGUGUAUUAUCUAGCUAUGGUCAACCAUGUUCAGUCUCUAAUGUGCUUUGAUGUGGGGUCUGAAAAGUUUAGUGUCGUUAAGUUACCGGGGAAGGUCGGAAUUCUAGCGAAGUACGGCGAAAAGAUAGCUGUAACGAAUUUGUUAUUUGACUGUAUACGACUUGACGUUUGGAUUCUAGAAGAUGCCAGCAAACAAGAAUGGUCAAAUAUUUAUGUCUUGGUUCCUUCUUGUGUAAAUCGAUCAUUCAGCUUCAGGGGUAUACUUGGUACCGGCGAGCUUUUAUUUGCACCGGAACCUACGUCUUUUUAUUUACUAUGUUACGAUCUCAAGGAACACAAAGCUAGAAAAAUCUGGAUCAAAGGACUUGGAGAUUAUACUAAUAUUGAAGUCUUUUUGGAUCAUGUAGAAAAUCCUAUGGUUCUGUCAAAGAUAAGGUAAUCGGUUGGUGAUUAGUUCUUUGGUGUUGCCUGAACUAAUCUCUCUUUCUUUCUUUUUUUUCAAGUUUCAAUUAAGUUGUCGGAUAUUAUUUGCUCAAGAUUAGCCCUUAGAAUUUGAUGUUCACCCAUUGGUUAGUCUUUUGAUCAAUGGAUUUUUUAUGCUUGUGGACUAUGGAAAUGCAAUGUUUAUGACUUGAUUAUAAUAAUUUCUGGUUUUGUUUGAGCUUUUACAGCUUCGGUUUUCUUAUUUGAUUUAUUACAGCUUCAUCUCAUAAAGAAAUCUUAUGUGUAAAAAACACAAAAUUAACAACGAUUCUGGAUUAGAAAAA